AUUGUCUCGCGGGACCGCGGCUGGCUGACGGGUUCUCGGGCGGCUCUGGGCAGGGAAGAGGAGUCGCAUGUGUUGCUUCAGCUGGCGGUAGUGGCGGGAGCGGAGGCGGCGGAGGCUGUGCGACCGCCUGGACCUGGAAAAUGGUGUGCCCAGAAUUAUUCAUGUUUUAUGAAUCCUAAUGCAACUUGUAUCUUUUCGUUCAACGAAGAAUUGAAACAGAUUUGGAGUGGGAAGAUUUCUGGUAGGAGGAGGUUUGUGAAAUGGCUGCUGACAUUUCUGAAUCUGGUGGGCACGAUUGCAGAGGAGACCCAAGGAGCAAUACCAAGUUAGAUGCAGAUUACCCGCUUCGAGUGCUUUACUGUGGAGUCUGUUCAUUACCAACAGAGUACUGUGAAUAUAUGCCUGAUGUUGCUAAAUGUAGACAAUGGUUAGAGAAGAAUUUUCCAAAUGAGUUUGCAAAACUUACUGUAGAAAAUUCACCCAAACAAGAAACUGGAAUUAGUGAGGGUCAAGGAACAGCAGGGGAAGAGGAAGAGAAGAAAAAACAAAAGAGAGGCGGAAGAGGUCAAAUAAAGCAAAAAAAGAAGACUGUACCCCAGAAGGUUACAAUAGCCAAAAUUCCCAGAGCAAAGAAGAAAUACGUAACAAGAGUGUGUGGCCUUGCAACUUUUGAAAUUGAUCUUAAAGAAGCACAAAGAUUUUUUGCUCAGAAAUUCUCCUGUGGUGCCUCAGUAACAGGGGAGGAUGAAAUCAUCAUUCAGGGAGACUUUACAGAUGACAUAAUUGAUGUCAUUCAGGAAAAAUGGCCAGAGGUGGAUGAUGAUAGCAUCGAAGAUCUUGGAGAAGUGAAGAAGUGAUUUUGAAAAUUUGUAUUUAAUGGUCUGAACUGAUUGUUGACAUGGCCAAAGGGAGAGAGGCCUUUUAAAAAUAUAUAUAUUUAUCCUACAGUAAAACUGUAGCCUACCCUCCCCCUUGGCAUUUUCACUGUUGUGUAUAAGGCUGCUUUUUUUUUUUUAAUUGCCAAAGUCUAAUAAACAGGGGAGACUGUCAUGCUUAUGCAUGAAAUAGAAUUUAGUUAAAUAAAAAUUUUUGGUCAUUUGGUACUGACUUUUCUCUUUCUUUUUAACUUUUUAUUUUUGGAAAAACACUGUAGACUUUGUGUGGAUAGCUUUUCUGUUGAUUAGUUUACAAAUAAUCAUGAUUUAGUCAAAUCAUGAUUUUUGAAGCUGAUUAAUAUUUUAAAGAAAUUGAAUUUGGCUUCAUCACCAGUAAUAACUGUCUCCUUGCUUCUUUGGUGUGAUAGUUUUGAGAUGCUUAAGCAUCUAAUAGAUCUGUGGUUGAAUUUGCUUCAUUGUCACCAAGUUCACCUUGUGGGCGUAUUAACAUAUUGUUGCUAAUAGUUGUUAAAGCUACUCUGGAGAUUAUUUGGUAAAGUAUAUUAAAAGCCUUAAAACCAUCUCACUCUUGGACCCACUUCUUUGACAUUAAUCCUAAAGAUGUAAUGUCUUGCUUAAAACUGGAUGAGGGUGUUCGUCACAACGCUACUCAAAAUAGCAAACAGUUGCAAAUGAUUUGAAUGAACAAUGGGGAAAUGGUUAAAGAAAUGGUAGUGUGUCAUGUGGUAGAAUAUUUGCACAUAUUUGAAAAUAUUUUCCAAGAAUACUUGGAAGCAUGUUUGAUAAUAUUAAGUAGGAAGUCAGACCCUCAAAUCCAUUUUACACAUUACUACCAUCACUGUUUUGAGUGGAAGGCCAUUCAGAGAGGAUGAGUUCUUGUUCUGGCUAUAAAUUUAUGUGAGUAAAAUUCUGCUAACCAAUUGAAAAUAAUAAUACACCAUUGCUCAGUAUAUAGUCUGGGAAGCAGCAAUUGAAACGUGUUUUUCUCACAAGAGAAACAGUGACAAUGAAUUUUAAUGACUGCGUUACAUGAAUUUAAACUUUGUUUUUAUAAAGGUUUUAAGUCAGGUGCUACAAAUUGAAAGGAAGACACCUUUAAGAAAUUUAGAACCCAUUGUUUGUUGCCAUGCAAAUUACAAUCUUGAAUGAGCCAGUGGGUUUUUUAAAAUAAUUAAAAUCUUAGAAUGUGUAAUAAAGGUAUAAAUUAAAAUGAAAUUCUGCAUUAACUGUAAAUUUAACUAGAUUAAAUUAUAUGAUGAAGCAAAUUUAUCCAUCAAGACCAUUUGGUAUGUUACGUAUGUAUUCUGUUGGUGCUGGAAGAUGUCUAUGUGCUUGUAUCAACACGUGACUUCAUGUAAAGAUUCUUAAUGUUCACAGUUCUUGGCAAAUGCAGUUUCAAUCCAUGUAUAGCCAACAGUGGAUGUUACUGCAGGAAAAUGCAGGAUUAAAAUCGUCCUUCUGUAUAA